AUGGCCACCAUGGAGCUCGACACCCAGAGCCGCUCGCGCAACGGCUCCAUCGUCCCUGUCACGCACGCGCGCCCCACCGUUGCCGACCUCAACGGCGAGAACCACUAUGCUCAGGUUGCGCGCAAGCACUGGUUGGACAGCUCCAAGCCGCCCAAGGUCCGCCCGCAGGUUGUCAAGGAUGAGCUUUGGGAUGCCUUGGAAAAGGACGACUUCCCGUACGCCUCGCUGCUGAUUCUGGAGAAUCUGCAGCUGCUCGAGAAGUACUUGUGGCCGGGCUACACAGACGACGCGUCCAAUCACCAUGUCCUGCUGUUGGCCUUGCUCGUCAAUGUCAAGCGCAGGGAGAACCUGGCCUCCUGGGAGCAUUUCGCAACCAGGCCGUCCGAGUUUUCGUCCUUCUUCCGCCGCAUCCUCUCCAUGACCAUCGACGCCUCUCUCUCCUCUCAGCUCCGCACCUAUCUGAUUUCCUUCGUCAUCGGAGCCUUUCAAUCCCUGGAUAGUGGCCUGGUACGCAAGGAAUGCGCACCGCUGGUUUCGAUUGCCAUUUGGCAAAACCUGCAUAGCGAAGCUGUGCGGGAGGACAAGCUGGAGAAGAAUGUCAUGCUGAGGAAGGCAUGGAGGUCUGCUGGAAAGAAGUACGACGCUGGCGAUGAGGAGGUCAAGACGAAACUGCGCUUCGAGCGCGCAUGGCUUUAUACGCUUCUUCUGGACUUCUUGAACAAGAUCUACAGCCCUGCUCGAGAGAACCUGCGCUACUGCGAGCGAUUCCUCGAGUUGCUAAUCGAUUUAGAGAGCCAGCUGCCCACUCGCCGCUACGUCAACACCCUCCUUCACGACCUCAACCUGCUCCCUGCCAUCCAACUGUCUCCGCUGUUCGCCGACGAGGAAAACGGGCUUUUCCGCGACUUGUGUGUUCUCCUCAGGCACUUCACCUUCUUCCCGAUCGACGACCAGGUUGGCCAGCAGCAAACCCCCGCGGAGUACCAUCAGGCCCAUUGCGCGAAAUUGGCCAGGCUACAGCGAACCGCGAUCAAGCACUUCCCCUCAAAACUCACGAUUCUGGCCCUUUCCAAUUACAGGUCUUUAGAUCAAAGAGGAGAUCUUGAGGCCCACCUAGAAGCGUUGACGGAGGAGGAGCUGGUUGCGCUCUGCAAGUUGCUAGGGUUCAGGACGGAAUACCCUAAAUCCUCGCUUGUAACUCUCGACCGAUCCUUCUUCACCGAGCUUAUCGUGUCUGCUCACGAGAGCAAGCCGACAUUCCAGGAUUCUGUUAGGGAAAUGGCGAUCCUUCCUACGGAGAGCACGCUCUAUGAAUCUACCUUCAUCCGCAACGAGACAUACGAUGGAUCACGGCCAUUGGCAAUCCCCAAGUUGAACCUUCAGUACUUGACCCUUGGAGAUUUCCUUUGGAGGUCGUUCAUUUUGCACCGCUGCGAGGCCUUUUACGAGAUCAGGAAAGACAUGGAAGACGUCAUCAAGCGUUUACAGCGAAAGAAUGUCCGGGGGACGGUACAGUUCGGCGGAAACUCUAGGAUGGCAUUACCCAUAUCAAAACCUGCCAUUACCGAUGUUGCCCCUGCCAAAGUUGGAGAGACGUCUCCAUCCAGGGUGCAAGCGGAGGUUAUUCUUGAUGUGAGCCGCUUGAACUUCAAUGUUCUCAAGGAAUGGGAGUCUCUGCGCUCUGAUGACGUCGUCUACCUUCUCUCCGUCGACCCCCCAGAGGAUUCACGCGCUAUUAAAAAUGGUGGCGCUCCCCCAAGCGGUGCUGAAAGGAUUGGGUUGCGCUACCUGCGAUGCGCCGAAGUCGUGCAAGUUCUAGAUGAGAACGGACGUCAGCUGCGCGAAAAGAAGAACGCUCAGGAAGGUCAGGGGCGCAGAGCUCGCCAACGUCGGAUUCUUCUCAAGCUCGAUAAUCUGGCAUACCAAGAGGACAUGGACCGUGUUGCCAAAGGGCAGCCUAACAUCUACGAUUCCAUCAACUUGAUUGUGCGUCGCCGGGGUCGGGAGAAUAACUUCAAGCCUAUUCUGGAGUCCAUCAGACGCUUGACGCUUUCUGACCUUCCUGCCCCCUCGUGGCUCCAGGAGGUCUUUUUGGGCUACGGGGACCCCGCCGGUGCUACGUACAAGCGCUUGGCGAACCGACUGAGGAGGAUCGAUUUCCGCGAUACUUUCCUCAACUGGGGUCACCUCGUCUCCAGCCUCGAAGGCAAGGCCGUCGAACCUGCUGACGAUACGAAGGGAAGUUUUGGACCACCGUAUGUCCUGGAGUUUCCAGAGGAAGAACCGCAAGAAGUCCCUGCACGCCAUUCGAAGAAGCGGAGACGAACCAAGGCCGGGUUGCAGGAGCCUGCUCAGAACGCGCCCGAAGCUGUCCGUGUCUCAACGUACAAGCCACCUAACAUGGGCCCCUAUCCCACAGAUGCGCCCAAGCUCAACACUGUACCAUUCACGCCUGCGCAGACCGAGGCAAUCACAUCUGGUACCCAGCCAGGUUUGACUGUCAUAGUUGGUCCUCCAGGUACUGGUAAGACCGACGUUGCAACUCAGAUUAUCAACAACAUUUAUCACAACUUCCCCAACCAGCGGACACUGCUCAUCGCACACAGCAAUCAAGCACUGAACCAACUCUUCCAAAAGAUUGUCGCCCUCGAUAUCGACGAGAGGCAUCUGCUUCGUCUCGGUCACGGUGAGGAGGAAUUGGAGACAGAGGCCAGUUACAGUAAACAUGGCCGUGUGGAAUCUUUCCGCGAAAUUGGCACGCGGUAUCUAGCAGAGGUGGAUCGGCUGGCUGCCAACUUCAAUGCUCCCGGCGCACACGGCCAAUCAUGCGAAACGGCCGGCUACUUCAACUCGGUCUAUGUCCAGCCUGCAUGGACGAAGUACUGGAACGCGGUCGAAUCUGGCGAGUUGAGCGACGAGGAUCUAGUCGCCGAGUUUCCUUUCCAUCACUACUUCUCAAAUGCCCCGCAACCUCUAUUCCCUCAAGGGGCCUCCCGGGAUGCUCUCAUGGACAUCGCUGCUGGAUGCUACCGCCAUGUUGAGAAGAUCUUCUCGGAGCUCGAAGACAUUCGACCAUUCGAGAUUCUGCGAAGCCCAAGAGACAGCGCAAACUACCUCUUGGUCAAGGAGGCCAGGAUUAUUGCCAUGACUUCUACUCACGCAGCCAUGAGACGGCAAGAAAUUGCAAACCUCGGAUUCCACUAUGACAAUGUAAUUAUGGAGGAAGCUGCACAAAUCACCGAGAUCGAAAACUUCAUCCCUCUUGCAUUGCAGAGCCCGAAGGAGGGCGAGUUGCCGUUGCAAAGAGUUGUCUUGUGCGGUGAUCAUCUUCAAAACUCACCGGUGGUCCAAAACCUUGCCUUCAGGCAAUACGCCAACCUCGAGCAGUCGCUUUUCCUCAGACUAGUCAGGCUCGGCGUACCCACAAUCAUGCUUGACCAGCAAGGCCGUGCGAGGCCCAGUUUAGCAGAACUCUACAAGUGGCGGUAUCCAAAGCUGGAGAACCUACCUACUGUCGAAUUGAGCCCGGAAUUCCAGACUGCCAACGCCGGUUUCCGCUUUGACUACCAGUUCAUCAACGUGCCAGACUACAAGGGCCGUGGUGAGAUGGAGCCAACGCCGCAUUUUAUUCAAAACUUGGGCGAGGCGGAAUAUGCGGUGGCUCUUUACAUGUACAUGCGCCUGCUCGGUUACCCGCCAUCAAAGAUCUCCAUCUUGACAACGUACGCCGGCCAGAAGGCACUCAUCAGGGAUGUUCUGUCCCAUCGCUGCGCCAAGAACAGGCUUUUUGGUAUGCCCAGGAUCGUGACAACGGUCGACAAGUACCAAGGCGAGCAGAACGACUAUGUCAUCCUAUCCCUCGUCCGCACGGCCCGCGUUGGUUACCUCCGCGACAUCCGCCGCCUCACCGUGGCGCUUUCUCGCGCCCGCCUCGGCCUCUACGUCCUCGGCCGCCGCGAGGUUUUCGAGGCCAGCUACGAACUCAAGCCCGCCUUCGAUAUCCUGCUCCAACGUCCGGACAAACUCGCUCUCGUUACGAACGAGAUGUUUCCAACGACUCGUGCGCUGGAGGCCGAACCAGAGGCAACGGAGAUGGAGGGUGUCGAGCACUUGGGCCAGUAUGUGUUUGAGAUGACGCAGGCGAAGGUGGCAGCGCUGAAGGCGAACGGCGGCGUGCUGCCGCCGGUUGAACAGAUGCCGAAGGAGGAAGAUAUGGAUGUGGAUGAGGUUGAGGAUGAAGAAGAGAUGGAGGAUGAUGGCCCGGAGGAUGACGAAGAAGAAGAGGCGUAG